UUUGUCUAUUUAAAAAUGGCGCCGUAAAAGCAAAGGUUUGUUUUUCAUGGGUGCAAAGUAUGUUUAAGUGCAUUAACCGAACGGCCCAUUUUACAAGAUAUCUCCAGUCACCAGGCAUCGAUUUCUUUAUUAAACAAGAGUUUAGGCUGGUGUCCUCCUUGCCACUGAGAAUGAACGACCCGGCAGUGAAUAGGGUGGUUGGCGACAUCAUUCGGUCUCCUGAGGACAAACGGGUUUACAGGGGACUGGAGUUCACCAAUGGCCUGAAGGCGAUGCUCAUCAGCGACCCGACAACAGACAAAUCCUCCGCUGCUUUGGAUGUCCAUAUCGGUUCAUUAUCGGACCCUGAGAACAUCUCGGGCCUGGCGCACUUCUGUGAGCACAUGCUGUUCCUGGGGACAAAGAAGUACCCCAAAGAGAACGAGUAUAGCCAAUUCCUCAGUGAGCACGCAGGCAGCUCCAACGCCUUUACUAGCGGGGAGCACACCAACUACUACUUUGAUGUGUCCCACGAGCAUCUGGAAGGAGCUCUAGACAGGUUCGCCCAGUUCUUCCUGUGCCCUCUGUUUGAUGAGAGCUGUAAGGACCGGGAGGUGAAUGCUGUGGACUCUGAGCACGAGAAGAACCUGAUGAAUGAUUCCUGGAGGCUGUUCCAGUUGGAGAAGGCCACUGGCAACCCUAACCACCCCUUUAGUAAAUUUGGAACAGGUAACAAAUUGACCCUUGAGACCCGGCCGUCUAAAGAUGGUAUCGAUAUUCGCCAAGAGCUCCUGAAAUUUCAUUCUACGUAUUACUCGUCCAACCUCAUGGGACUGUGUGUGUUGGGAAGAGAAUCAUUAGAUGACCUGACCGCCAUGGUGGUCAAGCUGUUUGGAGAAGUGGAGAACAAGAAUGUUCCUAUCCCAGAAUUCCCCGAGCACCCCUUCCAGGAACAACACCUAAGGCAAUUCUACAAAGUGGUGCCGAUCAAAGACAUCAGGAACCUUUAUGUGACGUUCCCCAUCCCGGACCUCCAGAAGUACUACAAAUCCAACCCAGGACAUUAUCUGGGUCACUUGAUUGGUCACGAAGGGCCCGGAAGUUUGUUAUCUGAGCUCAAAUCUAAAGGCUGGGUGAACACACUCGUUGGAGGGCAGAAGGAAGGAGCCAGGGGAUUCAUGUUCUUCAUCAUCAACGUGGACCUGACUGAGGAGGGCCUUUUGCACGUUGAGGACAUAAUCUUCCACAUGUUCCAGUACAUCCAGAAGCUGCGCACUGAGGGACCUCAGGCAUGGGUGUUUGAGGAGUGCAAGGAUUUAAACAAAGUGGCCUUCAGGUUCAAGGACAAGGAGCGACCUCGCGGCUACACUUCCAAAGUGGCCGGUCUCGUACAUUACUACCCUCUUGAAGAGGUUCUAGCUGCCGAGUACCUUUUGGAGGACUUCAGGCCCGAUCUGAUCGAGAUGGUGUUGGAUAAGCUGAGACCAGAACACGUCAGAGUUGCAGUGGUAUCAAAGUCAUUUGAAGGGCAAACAGACAAGACGGAAGAGUGGUACGGCACGCAGUACAAACAGGAGGCCAUCUCUGAGGAGUCCAUUGAGAAAUGGGCGAGUGCAGACCUCAACGGCAAGUUCAAACUGCCCAUGAAAAACGAGUUCAUCCCGACCAACUUCGAGAUCUACCCUCUCGAGGCCGACUCCCCAUCAGUACCCACUUUAAUCAAAGACACGGCUAUAAGCAAGGUGUGGUUCAAGCAGGACGACAAGUUUUUUCUUCCUAAAGCGUGUCUGAACUUUGAGUUCUUCAGCCCCUUUGCUUAUGUGGACCCAUUGCACUGUAACAUGGCAUAUUUAUACCUUGAGCUCCUCAAGGACUCCCUCAACGAGUAUGCAUAUGCAGCCGAGCUAGCCGGCUUGAACUAUGACCUCCAAAAUACAGUCUAUGGGAUGUAUCUCUCCGUUAAAGGCUACAGCGAUAAACAACACAUCCUGUUGAAGAAGAUCGUUGAGAAGAUGGCGAACUUCGAGAUCGACGAGAAGCGCUUCGACAUCAUCAAGGAAGCGUACAUGAGGUCUCUGAACAACUUCAGAGCCGAGCAGCCUCACCAGCACGCCAUGUACUACCUCCGUCUCCUAAUGACCGAGGUUGCGUGGACCAAAGAUGAGCUUCGAGAAGCUCUAGAUGAUGUGACUCUCCCACGCCUCAAGGCCUUCAUACCGCAGCUGUUGUCACGGUUACAUAUUGAAGCCCUUCUCCAUGGUAACAUCCCCAAGGAGUCUGCUCUGGGCAUGAUACAGAUGUUGGAGGACACGCUCAUUGAGCAUGCUCACACAAAGCCCCUCCUCCCGAGCCAGCUGACACGCUACAGAGAGGUUCAGGUUCCAGACGGUGGCUGGUAUGUUUACCAGCAGAGAAACGAGGUGCACAACAAUUGUGGCAUUGAGAUCUACUACCAGACCGACAUGCAGAGCACGCACGACAACAUGCUGCUGGAGCUCUUCUGCCAGAUCAUCUCCGAGCCCUGCUUCAACACCCUGAGAACCAAAGAACAGCUGGGCUACAUUGUGUUCAGUGGGCCCCGGCGGGCUAACGGUGUGCAGGGCCUGCGCUUCAUCAUCCAGUCGGAGAAGGCGCCCCACUACCUGGAGAGCCGUGUGGAGGCCUUCCUCUGCACCAUGGAGAAGGCCGUGGAGGAGAUGGCCGACGAAGCCUUCCAGAAACACAUCCAGGCGCUGGCCAUCCGCCGCCUGGACAAGCCCAAGAAGCUGUCCGCCGAGUGCGCCAAGUACUGGGGAGAGAUCAUCUCUCAGCAGUAUAACUUUGACAGAGAUAACACUGAAGUGUCCUACCUGAAGACUCUGACUAAGGAAAACAUCAUGCACUUCUACAGAGAGCGACUGACCGUCGAAGCCCCGAAGAGGCACAAGGUGUCCGUGCACGUCCUGUCCAGAGAGAUGGACUCCUGUCCGAUAGUGGGGGAGUUCCCCGCUCAGAAUGAUGUCAACCUGGCCCCUGCUCCCUCCCUGCCGCAGCCGACGCUGGUCGAGGACAUGACGGAGUUCAAGAGGAGCCUGCCCCUCUUUCCCUUGGUCAAGCCUCACAUCAACUUCAUGGCUGCCAAACUGUGAGGUUCACAUGCAGCUAGGGGGCCCUGGGAGGGGGCGCAACUGCGAAGGACCCCCCCCCCCCCCCCGCUCUGUUUCCCACCUACACCCCACCCCUCUCUGCCCCCCAUCAGGAAGACUUUAAUCUGACUGAUUGUGUGCGUGUUUUGUGUUUGCCGGGUGCAUUUGAAUGUGUGACUGUGCACGAGUGGCUGGAGCCACUAGAAGAGAUGCUUGGGGGGGGGGGGUGUUGUAAGUGUAUUAGAAUCCUAAAGGUAGCCAUGGCUGUGGUGACGUCUCUGAAUCACAGCGCCGUGCGUUAGAGGUAAUAGGAACCAGGUAAACUAUAAGACGAGGCCCCGCCCCCUUCUUAUUGAGUCCAAGUACAGAUUUGAAGCCGCAGGAUUUGAAGUAUUCCGACCCGCUGGUUUGGCGACCCGGGGGCCUCAGGAGCUAAAGCCUCUUAUUUGUGGGACAUGUAUGCGUUGCCAUGUAACUCUGUGAGGCACCACAGCUCUCCUGAAAACCCUAAAAGACACUCAGAACCUUUUAUUCAAAUUGUUGCAUUUCUCUAUAAAAUUUGCUUGGUAGUUAUGGUUUUAACCUGAGGGGGGGGGGGUUGCUUGUAAACUGUUGGGACCCUUUUGAGGAGCUGCUUGAAACGGCUAAACACAAGAGUUAAUGGUUUUUAGUUUAAUUUUACUAUAUAUUUACAGUAGUAUGUAAUUCAUACACCUCAGGGGAACCUCUAUGCUGUUUUUUAGAAGUUUUACUAAUGACGGAUUCAAAAUAAGAAAAAAGCCCUUUAUGAGUCAUCAGGCUGCUUUGUUUGCCUCGUGGAUGGUGAUCAAAUAAUAAUUAGCAUCUCCCAAGUCAUUCUUGUAAAACUGAAGAAAUGACAGAAUUUCUUUUUAAUGUCGUAGGCUCCAGUGAGUUUGUCAUGAUUCGUUCCCUCUGUGUCUGCAGCAGCUCGUGCCUUUCUGGGAUGGGGGGGGGGUUAGUUUAUGGCUGCAUUGGAUGUCGCUGACCCGGGUCAGAAAUGCUGCGUCUUUUAUCGGAUCCUUUGCUCUGGCUCUUUUUUUUUAAUGUCUAAAAGGGUUAAAAAGAAAAACAUCUAGAAUGAAUUUUAAUUUUUCUGAACAUAUGCACUUCUCUCGCUGAGCAAUAAACUCGAUGUGGGGAAGGAACUGUGUGAGAGGCCGGCUGGGUAGUGAUGUCACACGAGCCCAGAUGUGCAUGUAAUGACUUGGUCCCCCCCCCCCCCCCCCCACGGCUCAAUUACCCCCCAAACCAUGCUAGAUUUAACUCAUGAUUUGGGCCGUGGAAAGGGAGGGUUUCCGCAUCAAUUAUUUGAAGUAACAAAAAGGCUUUAUGAGCUUUUGCGGUUCAAAGAGAACCAGCAGCAGCAAAAGUCUAAUUCUGGUCUGACAGGCGGAGCUUCACGGCACCGAGGACGCGGUCUACGGCGUUUUCAUGCAUCUGCAUCACAUAUCACGCUGGGAUGAGCCACGCACCUUAUCUUGUGAGGUACCUCGUGAUCGUUUUACAUUUAGAAAGGCAGAAGCAUAUUUUAAUUUCUGAAUGUCUUUGGAAGCUCUAGAGACUGACGGGUGAAACAAGAGUGCUGGCAUUUUGAGUUUUUCUUUUUAUUGUCUCCUGUGUGUUUCUGAUUAAUAAACUACUGAAUGGAA